CAGUUGUGGCAAGAAGCGCAUGUGGCUCGCGUGCACGUGAGUUUUCUUGUUCAUAUGGUUUUGAACACCACAGUUCUGUAAAUUAUUUUCUCUCUAAGUGUGAAGUCCUAUCUUCGUGACUUAACAUACUUGCUACUAAUGACAAAAACGUCAGAGAGUCUUGUCUUGGUAACAUGCAAAGCCAUAGCCAAACAUCUUUCCUCAACUAAUAUGCAUUAUAACUGGGUAAUUGUGUUGACGUGGUUAUCUUCUUUUCUUGGUAGCAAGGCCCUACCGGAGGUCAUCAAAUUAGGAGGCCUUUCUGAAUCUGGGAAUGAAGUGUUGCAGUCAGCAUUCCGUUACGCCAUAGAUCGAAUCAACUCAGACAAUUAUUUACUACCCAACUCUCGGCUUUCUGCUAAUGUCCAGCAACUCGAAUACCAAGAUAGUUUCCAGGCGUCUCGCAAAGCUUGUGACCUCCUAGACCAAGGAGUAGCCGCCAUCUUUGGGCCACAGUCUAUUGAGCCAAGUGCAACUGUACAGUCCACGUGCGACGUGCUAAACGUGCCGCACAUAGAAACACUGUGGGACUUCAGAGCUCGGCCGGAUAAUCACACUGUUAACUUAUUUCCUUUUGCUAACAGUCUUAGCAAAGCGUAUCGCGAUCUCGUCAAGAGUAAGGAAUGGAAAAACUUUGCAAUCAUUUACGAAGAAAACGAAGCACUAAUACGUCUUGAAGAAUUACUUAAAGAUCCCCUAAUGCGAGAAAUAAAGCAGAAAGUACUUGUCAAACAGCUUGUGCCAGGCCAGGAAUACCGGAAACUCUUGAAAGAAAUAGGAAAAGCAGGCGUAAAGAAUCUUAUUGUAGACGUUCCAACGGAAAACAUUGUCAGUUUCCUUAAGCAUGCCAAAGAAGUGGACAUGAUGUCAGAGUAUUAUAACUACUUUAUCACAUCUUUAGAUUUGCAUACCAUUGAUUUAGAAGAAUUCCAAUACGGAGGAACAAACAUUUCAGGAUUUCGACUGGUGGACGACACAGCUCCAGAGUUCGAAGAUAUUUCACAAGUAUGGCAUUCUGGAUCUGUGGGAUUCAGUCACCGUAAAACAAAAGAUAAAACGUAUCUUAAGAAUAUAACGACUGAAGUGGCGCUGAUGUAUGAUGCCGUCAAGCUUUUUGCAUCUGCUCUUCAUGAAAUGGACAGAAGAGGACAAGAUGUCAACCUUCCCGCCAUCUCGUGUGAAACAGAGCAACCUUGGAGUCAAGGAAGCUUGAUUGUAAACUACAUGCGGACGAUUACCGCUAGAGGGUUGACUGGAGAAAUAAAGUUCGAUAGAUACGGAUUUCGUUCAGAAUUUAAUCUGAAACUGGUUGACCUCACCCAUGAAGGACUUCAAGAGGCUGGAGACUGGAACCUCAACGUAGGGAUAAGAAUUACUGGAAACUCCACCAAAGCUUUCGAGGAGGUUAAAGCUUCAUUAAAAAACAAGACUUUAAUGAUAACAACUAUAAUAAAUCCUCCUUACAUAUCACUGAAAGAAGAUACCACUUUAAAAGAUAAUAAUCGCUACGAAGGUUACUGUGUUGAUCUGAUCGAAGAGAUUGCGAAGGUCCUCGGAUUUAAGUACGUAUUUCGAGAAGUGGCCGAUCGCACUUACGGGAAGAAAAACGAAUGGGGAGAAUGGAACGGCAUGAUUCGCGAGCUAAUAGAAGGGAAAGCAGAUUUAGCAGUAGUAGAUUUGACUGUGACAUACGAACGAGAAGAUGCUGUCGACUUUACCAUGCCCUUCAUGAACUUGGGAAUAAGCAUCCUUUUUAAACGACCUACCAAGAAAGUCCCGAAACUGUUUUCCUUCCUAUCCCCUCUGUCUUUGGAAGUUUGGGUGUACAUGGUGACAGCUUUCCUUGGAGUCAGUCUUUUUCUCUUUGUUGUAGCCAGGUUCAGUCCAUAUGAGUGGACGAAUCCUCACCCCUGUGACCCGCACCCUGAUACCCUGGAGAAUCAGUUUACUCUGCUCAACACUUUGUGGUUUACUGGUGGCUCACUCUUACAGCAAGGGUGUGAAGUCACACCAAGGGCUAUGUCAACAAGAGUAGUUUCCGGAAUCUGGUGGUUCUUCACCCUGAUCAUGGUAUCCUCGUACACAGCUAAUCUUGCAGCAUUCCUAACCAUACAACGAAUGACUUCGCCAAUAGAGAGUGCUGAAGAUUUAGCUAAGCAGACAUCCAUUCAGUAUGGUUGCCUCCGAUCAGGAUCGACGCAGGCUUUCUUUAAGCAUUCAAACUUUCCGACUUUCAAACGAAUGUGGAACUACAUGGAAUCUGCACGGCCCAGUGUAUUUGUGGAUUCUAAUAUGAAAGGUGUGGAGAGGGUAAAGAAAGGUAACUACGCUCUCCUGAUGGAAUCUACCAGCAUAGAAUACAUAAUUGAAAGAAACUGCGACCUUAUGCAAAUCGGCGGACUCUUGGAUUCCAAAGGUUACGGUAUUGCGACACCUUCAGGUUCUCCCUACCGAACGUUAUUGUCAAGUGCUAUUCUUAAGCUUCAAGAAGGUGGCAUUUUACAAAUGCUGAAACAAAGAUGGUGGAAAAAUGAAGAAAAAUAUUGUGUCAUGGAAGAAACCAGUCAUUCAGUUUCAGCUAGUGAAUUAGGAUUGGACAAUGUAGGUGGUGUAUUUUUAGUUCUGUCCACUGGUUUAUGUGUGGCGUGUUUAAUCGUUAUCCUGGAAUUCACCUGGAAAUUACGAACAAUCCCCAUUGAAGAAAGGGAAUCCCUGUGUGUGGAGUUGUCCCGAGAAUUAAAGUUCGCCAUUAUGUGUGGUGGAGACAGUAAACCGGUGAGGAAAGAGUCUUCACCACCAUCUAACGACUUGUCAUUGAUUCAGUUCAGUAGCCUAGGAAACUUCAAUUCGAAAGAGGCUAUAUCUUGACAACAAGAUCCCGAGAUGCUGGAAACUCCCCUAGUGGAAAGUAAUGACAACUACUUCCGAUAUUCCCAAGGUGAUGUCAACGGUGAAUUAUAGAAACUUUUCCCAGUUCGAGUCACUCUCUGAUAUAAUCUUCCCGUGUAUAAUAUGGAAUAUCUGUUUAGUCUAGAGAUAGAUUCUUAGCGAUAUGCGUAUGCAUCACUGAACUAUUUUAUGUGAUGUUUCUUGGUAUAGUAACAAAUGUUUCUCUAAUAUAUGCAUGUAUGUAUAUAAUAGCAGUUAACGUAUAUUGUUGUUCACUUACAAUAGAUGCCGUAAAGGCCAAUACUUCAACGAAUUCCGAAAUUCUAUCUAUAUUCAUCGUAUCUCUGUGACUCAGUUGUAUUAUAUCGAUGAUGAUGACUUGAAUUUACUCGUGUUUUACUUCCUUGACUUAGAUGAGUGAAAUAUGUACGCACGUUUUACUGUCUUUGUUGAUCUCACGACUUUGUCUAAUUUUUGAAGAUCAAUGACCAUUACUUUUAAAUCUCAGAAUAGUUAUAUCUGUUUAAAACAAAGCUCUGUAAAGUUUUGUUUUAAGGUGUUCAUAACAUCGAAUAAUCAUAAAACCAAUCACCAUUUCAAGAAUCAAAACUAUAUUUAAUUGUCGAUUUUUCACUGUGUAACAUAUAGAUGACAUGGGAAAUUUCUUUUAAACUACCCAAACUUACAACUUUACGUAGUGAAAUUAAAUGUUGAAGAGAAUGAAAAAUAUAAGGUAGUCUGAUGUAGUGUUUGUUUGAAUCACCACGGUCAAAACUGGGAAUAAAUUUUCCUAUGUUUCAAUGCACUUAUACUACAUUCUGUGACAUACAUUGACAUUUAUAAUUGUAUUUCAUUAUUUUCUACACAUUUAUGCUACUUCAAUGUAAAAUGUUAGAAAAACUAACUUAAAAACCCCGUCUGUGCUUAUAAAAAUGUAAUUUCUUAUUAUAAACGGCAACUAUUUAGCUUCGAAGAGCUUUUAAAGCCUAAGAAUAAUAAACCUUAAUAAACAACUUUGUUUGGAAUACAGCACGUUACCAUAAGCUAAGUUAGCUUACAAACUAAACUUUAAGCCUACCAACAAACAUACGACUUACAGUAAUACAAUUAAAUUUGACACUGAUAAUUAAUCAAGAUUUAGUUGUUUCACUAUUUGUUAACUUUUAUUAGCAGAUUUAUGAUCUAAAAUGUUGUUAUUAUUUAUACGCAGUUUUUAUAUAUAUAUAGGAAAUGAAAGUAGUGGUUAUAGUAAUAGUAGUUGUAAAGACGAAUUAUAAUACAUUUCAUUUUUCUUAACCACGUACGGUUUAUUUCAUAUACACGUCAAAACAUAUAUUAAAUACUAAGCAUUCUAAAUGCAAAACAAAUGUGGUGAUUACAAACAAUAGUAUCAUAUUACUUGUCACCAAAUUAUUUUACAUGCAAAAUAAACUCGAACAAUGAAUAAUACUUGUUUGUUUGGUAUUUAACACAAAGAAACGAACAGGCCAUCUCUGUCCACCGCGGGUAUUGAAACCCGAUUUUUAACAAUAUAAUCCCCCAGACUUAAGG